CGGAUAAUAUCCGUUUAAAACGGUAAUAGUAUUUUCAAUUAUCCUUACUCACCUAGCAGAAGGAUAAGAUUUGACGAACUGCUUCCCCUCCGCACUGGCCUCAUUCCUUCCUACUCGACAGGAAAUAUGGAAACUACAAACAUCCACAGCUCUGGCAUUAUGUGGUUUUUCAAAGAGAAAGGUUUCAAUGAUAAAAGUAUCCAUGUAAUAUUUCAAAAGUGCAAGCGUCUUGAGGGCAUGCAAAGUGAAAAUGCCUCAGAGAACUGGGAUUACUUGAAAAGCGUAGGCGUUAAGGAGAGGAAACUUCCUUCCCUUAUCCGAAAGUGUCCCAAAAUCCUUACUCUUGGCUUGCAUGAUAAACUGAUUCCCAUGGUCCAGUGUCUUGCCACACUGGGAUCGAAACCGGGAGAUGUAGCUUCUGCCAUAACGAAAUUUCCUCACAUACUUUCCCACAGUGUUGAAGAGAAGCUCUGCCCGCUUCUCGCCUUCUUUGAGGCUCUUGGUGUUACUGACAAACAACUUGGCAAGAUGAUAUUGCAAAACCCCAGAAUUCUAAGCUACAGCAUCGAAUCAAAGCUUUCCCAAAUUGUGGAUUUUCUCGCCAGUCUGGGCCUAUCCAAGGAGGUCAUGAUUGGAAAAGUACUGGUGAAAUACCCAUUUAUAAUGGGUUAUAACGUUGAAAACAGGUUGCGUCCCACAUCCGACUUCUUGAUGUCAUUGGGUCUAACUGAGCUUGAUCUGCAAAGAGUGGUCACUAAUUUCCCCGCAAUUUUGUGCCGAGAUGCCAACAAGACCAUGAAGCCUAAUCUUUCCUACUUGAGAACCCGCGGGUUUGAGCUCUCACAGAUUGCAGCUAUGGUCACGCAUUAUCCCCCACUUCUGAUUAAGAGUAUCGACCACUCUCUGGAGCCGCGGAUUAGGUUUUUGGUAGAUGUGAUGGGAAGAGGACUUGACCUCCGGCGAUUAAUAGGCCUGAUGAAGUUCGUACCCGACUUCUUCUGUAAUCUCUACUCCGUUUUUGAAAACUCUCUCUUCUUGUAUCUCACAUCGGACUCACUUUACGACCUGACGUUACUCUUCUUUAAGUACAGAUCCAAACGAGAUCAGAUCAUUGGACGGGGUUCGAAGAAAAAAGUAAGGGACAAAGAAGACGUUGCUUCUGACUUUGUUCAUUAUUGAACUUGUACUGGGCAAAACCAACCAUAAGAAUGAAAUUCUGCAGCUGUA